GGUGUCCAUUUGGAUGAGCCUACAUCCCCUGCAGCAAACAGGUGGUCCGGUCACGUGACCAGCCCUGUCCGAAGCCAGUGGACAGAAGAGGAACUGGACGCCUUCGUGCAGCAGUUAUCCAACCCCCAACACUACGCCAGCAAAACAGGCGCAAGAGAUCGCGCCGGCGCUUCAUCCGCGCGCAAAGGUAGUCUCGAUAUGUGCCAAGAACUCAAGGGAAGGGAUAGAGUUCGAGCUCCCUUGGCGCGAUCUGAAACAGACACCAGUGUUUGUUUAGGUGACUUUGAAUCGUCUCUAGAAAGAGGUCAGUCCAGCAGAAGUGGGGAUGACCUGUCGAAAGAAGGCGGCCUAAUUGCGGGAAUCAGCGGUUUGCGACUAAUUAAAAACAAGAAGCUGGCUAGAUCUUCACAUGCCAACGCAAAGCGCUACAUAGCUCAGAAAGCACGCGAUGAGCCGAGCUCGGCCGCUUCCGCCAGCUCGCUCCAAGAAGUGGACGAUCAAGGAAUGUCUGAGGCUGCAGCUCCAGUUCGCGAAGCUGCUGCGUCUGCUAGUGGCACAGUAACAUUUUCUUGCAGUUCUAGCCCAGACGGCUCUGAUGGUGAAAUAAACGGGGAAAGGAGAUUGUCAGAUCAAGCUUCUAAUGGAACCAGCAAAGAUACUGGGAAAAAGAGGCGGUUCAGGAAGAUGUUGACCCGACCACUGAACCGUUCUCAAAGCGCCGGAUGUGCUAAAGACGUCCCCGCGCAUGCGCUGUUUUUGGAACAACAGAGACAGAAGAGCAAGGAGGCAGAACUGGGCGAUAUCCGCCACGCCCGACGGGAGGAUAACCCUGAAUUUGAAGACGACGGAGCCUGCAGCAAAAAGAGCAUCGUCGGCAGAAUCCAUAAAACAAAAUCCGCCGACUCGGCCAUGAUGGCAACUGAUGAGUUCGGUGCCAUCAGCCAGGCCAAAUCGAAAUCUCGAAACAUAGCUAAGAAAAUAACACGCAAGAUUAAAUUCCUUCGGCGACGCCACACAGACUCCACCCUUGGCAUCAUGGAGAAAGAUGAAGGCGCCAGACGAUUGGCCUCCAUCGAUCCCGAGGAAGCACACCAGUGGGGAAAAUCCUUUGAAAGUUUGCUGUUCGAUAAAAACGGCCUUGAGCUAUUCCGAGGGUUCCUGAUGUCCGAACACAGCGACGAGAACAUCGAAUUCUGGAUUGCUUGCGAAAAUUACAAAACAGCAAAAUCAAACAAACAGUUACCUACUUUGGCAAUGAAAAUAUUCAACGACUACGUGGCUGUUCAGUCCAAGAGAGAGGUAAACUUGGAUUCCAAAACACGAAAUUUGACGUACGAGAGCGUGACUUCAAAUCCCAGCAGACAAACAUUUGACGAAGCCCAGCGAAGAGUCCAACGCCUGAUGGAAAUGAAAGAUUACAUAUCGGAGAUUUCUGGAGUCGGAACUGUUUACCAGGACCUCGCAGCCGGCAACAUCCAUCACAAGUCAUAA